CGGCUACUUCCGUCACCACUCGGCUCUCUCCGCCGCCUUUCGACCUGUUUACCGCGCUCGGCCGUUUUGUCCGUUACUGGCCCGCGUGCGAGUCGAGUCGAGUCGAGUCGAGGGGGCGCGCUUGCCCUCCCUCCCUCCCUCCCUCCCUCCCUCGCGCCCGCCCCAAUGGAGUCACGGCGUGUGUUACACAACUGUCGUCGAGCACAGCGCCCUUCUCAGAAACAACCCCCUUCAGCCCAAAGAUCAUAGAGGAGCCCUCACACUGCAGAACCAACAUCUAUCUAUGAUGCCGUGAGCGCCGAGCAGUGUUGACGUUUGGUGCAAUAUGCAUUUCAUUGACUUUAUAGCGGGCUGGGUUGCAGGUGGACUUGCUACAGUUGUGGGAUAUCCUUUGGAUACGAUCAAGGUGAGAAUUCAGACACAACACAUGUACAGCGGUGUUUGGCACUGUAUCCUAUCAACUUAUCGGAGAGAAAAAGUUUACGGGUUUUACAAAGGAAUGGCUCUGCCUGUUCUGUCAGUGGCGAUAUGCAGUUCUGUUUGUUUCGGCACAUACAGAAAUAGCCUUCAUUUCUUAUGCCAGUAUCGGCAUGGCAGCUCUGCCUUGAAGCCAGAGAGACUUGAUGUUUUUGUUGCUGGUUGUGCUGCAGGGACCACUGAGGCUAUGGUGUUUGCUCCCAUUGACUUAAUCAAGAUAAGGCAGCAGAAUCAGACACAUCCUCACCAGUCAUAUCAAGGUCAAUCAUCUCAUGGCUUGUUAACAAUGCCCAAAUACAGAGGCCCAAUACACUGCCUGAUAACAAUAUUGAAAGAGGAGGGCAUACUGGGAUUGUACAGAGGCAUUACUGCACUGUGGUUAAGAGACAUCCCAUGUUUUGGAUUAUAUUUUGUAGCCUACUCCGUUUUCAGUGAACAACUUACUCCACAAGGACAACAUAAACCAGAUUGGUUGGGCAAGUUGGUGGCUGGCGGAUGUGCAGGCACGACUUACUGGAUACUGGCAACUCCAAUGGAUGUCAUGAAGUCUCGCAUGCAGAUGGAUGGCAUGGGACAGCAGAAAUAUAAUGGUGUGCUGAACUGUAUCGCUCAAAGUUUCAGACAAGAAGGGAUGAGGGUUUUCUUCAAAGGCCUGAGCUUGAACUGUGUGCGUGCCUUUCCUGUCAAUGGAAUGACCUUUGCAAUAUAUGAAACUGUGCUGGUAUUCCUCAAAAAGGCAAAUUUAAAGGAUUAAUGCAUCGCACAACAUUUGACAGCAAUGCAUCUUUAUCUACAUAUUAAAAUUUACACCAGGCUUCACGAACUUGAAUCCUUAUCUUAAAUAUAGACACAAAGUCCGCGAGCAUUGCCACUUUUCAUUUCACUGCACAUCUCGUAUGUGUAUGUGACGAAUAGACUUGACUUGACUGAACGUGGGCUACCCAGAGCUUAAUACUGCAAUAAAUCUCAACCACAACUUUUCAGUUUCGUUUUUGAAACAGGUUGAUCAAUUUUGGGUGUUUAAGCAUUUUUUUCCCCCACACAACUUCGAUUUGCUGAGGAGACUGAAGAAAUUUGGCAUGUCUUCAGUGACUAUUACAAACCUCUGCAGAUGCACUAGAAAGCAUACUGUCAGGAUGCAGGAUCACAGCCUGGUUUGUUGAUGAGGUCUGCCCGAGAUAGCAAGAAAUUGCAGAGUUGUGAUGUAACCCAGUCCAUCACACUAUUGACGUCAUCUACACUUCACGAUGCCUGGGGGGAAAACAGCAAACGUAAUAAAGCCUUAUCCAACUCCAGUCUUUCCUCCACCCUGCUCUCAUCAGACGGAAGAUACAGAAGCUUGAAAGCGUUGUACCACCAGACUGAGGAACAGCUUCUUCCCUCUGUCAUCAGGCUUCUGAAUGGUCCUACCAUAAGCUAAGGUACUAUUCGAUUCAUCUUGAUCCCAUCUUGGACUUUGUUUAUGGAACUGGUGCACUGUAAUGCUGAGAACUAUUCUUCACUCUGGAAUGUUGUGCAAUUGAUGUUGUGCCUUCUAGCUGCAAACGUGCAUCAGUUGGUCACCUCGGCUCCUGCUUAGUACCUAAAUCCACUUCUACCACUAAGACAUGAACAAAAGAGCCAAGGAAAUACCACUAUCUGCAGGUUCCACAAUGUUGCACCUCAUCUCGUCUUAAUCCUGACUCUGGUCAACAGCACCAUGAAAAUACUUGCAUUAGAAGGGUGGCAGUGAGUCUAAAGUUGAUUUUCCACUGCAUUCCCAAAUAAAGGACAAUGAAAGCUAGUCUUGGCAGCAACUCUAAGAGGCUGGAGAAUGAAUGAAUGAAUAAAUAAAUAAAGUCCCUUUGCCUUUAAAAACCUUAAAUGUUCAAUUAUUAUUGUCUCCAAUUAAUAUUGUGCCAAUUAAUAUCAUGGCUGCAGAAAGUGAACUAGAGAAAAAUAUAUAUUUUGGUAUAAUUGGCACAUUUUUCUGUACCAGUGUAAAUGUUAACGUUGCACCCAUUGCUUAUAGGUGCUGAAUGCUUAUUGAUGGUUAUGUAUAUUGAAAUAAUGUCAAAAGAAUACUUAUUUUUGCACAUUAUAACCCAAAUACAGCAUGUUUUAAUGAUUUUACACUGUUUGGCAAUGAAUUGAGCUAAAGAAUAAAAAUAUCUAUCGUUUGCAGUA